AUGACUGCCCCUCGUUUACUUCAAAAGUCAUCACUGAGCAUAAGCCGCCCGACCAUUUUCCUUAUUCAUCGCACUGCCAUAUCCCCUAUCUCUCGUCGUAGGACCUUCUCGCAAUGCCAAUAUCGCGCCCAGCAACAUUCCGAACGAGAACUACAAGAGCGCCUACAAGCUGCGCGACCCCUCGUCCCACAUCGUGCUGCGCGCAAGUUCACACAAGCGGGCAGUAGUCGCAAUUCGCGUCUCACCGUGAUAGCAACCGUUCUCGCCGCCAUUGGCUUCUACUUCUACAACUCUCAGACUGUGCCGGUCACGGGCCGUCGAAGAUUCAAUUUCCUCUCUGAUUCUAUGGUCGCACGUGCGCAUUCGAAAGCAGCUGCACAGGUCAUUGAGCAGGUCAGAGCGCAGGGUGGUCAUUUUCUAUCAGAAUGGGAUCCAAGGACUAUCUUGGUCAGGAGGGUAAUGAAGAAGUUGAUCCCCGUGAGCGGCAUGGCGGACCUCAAUUGGGAGAUAUUUGUGAUAGCUGAUAAUGGAACAGCAAACGCCUUUGUCCUCCCUGGAGGUAAAGUGUUUGUGCAUAGUGGUAUUAUCAACGUCUGCCGCAGUGAGGAUGCCCUCGCAGCAGUACUAGGGCACGAGAUCGCGCAUAAUACAGCCUCUCACGCAGCAGAGCGCCUCUCUGCUGCAUGGGUAGGAAAUCUUACGGCCGGAAGCUUGUUCUUCCUCGCUGGAGCUCUGCCUGGCCUUGCGCUCUUUGGACUUUGGAAUGUCGUGGGAGGAUAUUACCUACAAGAUCUACUCUUCUACCUUCCCAUGGGUCGCAAGCAGGAAAGCGAGGCAGACUACAUCGGCCUAAUGAUGAUGGCCGAAGCCUGUUAUGACCCCCGUGCAGCUUUGGGCUUCUGGCAGCGAAUGCACGCGCUUCAGCAUGCCAGCGGAGAAGAAGCCCCAGAAAUGCUGAGCACUCAUCCAUCCAACGAGAAUCGGAUUGUCAAGAUUAGUGAAUGGCUGCCAAAGGCUCUUGAGAAGCGAGCGGAGAGUGAUUGCCGUGGAACAGCAGCGUUUGCGGACCGAUUCCGUGACGCGAUCCGAAGGAGAUCUACUACAGUUGUCGUAUAA